AUGGAGGUUCAGUCAUAUCCUGAUCAUCCAGACAGAUUUGAUGAUUCUAAUCCUCAGCUGCUGUGUAGAAAUGGUCUGACUGGUCGCUGUUACUGGGAGGUCGAGUGGAGAGGACACGUUUAUAUAUCAUUGAGUUACAGAACAAUCAGAAGGAAAGGACGUGCUAAUGACUGUUUGUUUGGAUACAAUAAUCAGUCCUGGAGUUUGAGCUGCUCUGAUAAAUAUGGUUAUUCUGUCUGUCACAAUAAGAGAGCAACAUCCCCCUCCUCCUCCUCCUCCUCCUCCUCUGUCUCUAACAGAGUAGCAGUGUAUGUGGACUGUCCUGCUGGCACUCUGUCCUUCUACAGAGUCUCCUCUGACACUCUGAUCCACCUCCACACCUUCAACACCACAUUCACUCAAACUCUUUAUCCUGGGUUUUGGUUUAAUCCAUUGUCACCUGAUUCCUCAGUGACUCUGUGCUGAGUUGAGUGUAAAGAGUGUCCUCCUGUUAGACAAACACUCUGACUGUUGAACAGAUAGUUCAGUCUGUAUAUGUCUGUCUCUUUCACUCACAAACACGUUUUCAGAUUCAUGGAUUCAA